AUGCUCGAGCUCAAGCUGGAGGCGCUCGAAGCUCGCGUCGCCGCGGCCGCGAUCGUCAACGACUGGCACGCGCUCCUGCAGCCCGUCUUUGCGCUGCUCACCAAGACGCUGGACGCAGGCUUGGACAAAGACUUUCUGAUCGAGCUCCUCGACGGUCUCGAGACGCUCUCGGGCCGCGUCGCCGAGGGUCCAGCCAACGUCGCCUCGAGCCUCGAUUGCGUGCGCAAGACGCUGGAGAUGCUCUGGCACUUUGAAGCCGACCUCACGACGCACGACCUCAUCACGCUGCACAAGGUCGACCUCGCGAUCGACGCGCUCGCCAGCGACGCCGCAGACCUUUGCCAAUAAGCUUUUGGGUCAUAUUUAAGUUUUGUUUUAUUAGUAAUUGAUUGCCAUCGACC